CUCACUGUAUAGACUAGGCUGCCCUCGAAUUCGUGGAGAUCCGUCUGCAUGUGCCUUCCUAGUUGUGGGACUAAAGGACUUUGUAACUGUGGAGUCAGUUUAUAGUUACAUAAUUGUGGGUUUUGUAUAGCACCGGCACCUUUUUUGGUAGUGGUGUGGGAACUCACCUCGGUGGGCAAAGUGCAUAAUCGAUAAGAAUGAUAGGCAUACGAGCGUAUUUUGAAGGUGUAGAUUGGGAGAGAGUGAAAAUACUGACUUUGACAAACCUCGUCUCCCUGCAGGUGACUAGCAUGCAGAUACUCACACCCUGACUUGGCUGCCAGACUACUGACAUGGCCCACCGGGGUGGGGAGAGGGACUUCCAGACUUCAGCCCGGCGGAUGGGGACCUCCCUGCUCUUCCAGCUUUCAGUGCAUGAGCGGGAGCUGGACCUCGUGUUUUUGGAUCAUAGCUAUGCCAAACCGUGGAGUGCCCACCCAGAUGCCAGUAGUGCCCGCCCCACCCGCAUGCUCUUUGUAACUCCCCGUCGGCAGCAGGAGAAUACUAUUGAAUCAGACGUUCCAAUAGAUGUGGAGACGGUCACGUCAACUCCUGUACCACUCUAUGACAACCAGAAGGCUCGGAGUGUGAUGAAUGAGUGUGAGCGGCAUGUUAUCUUCGCCAGGACAGAUGCAGAUGCUCCUCCUCCACCAGAAGACUGGGAAGAACAUGUCAACAGGACUGGCUGGACAGGGGCUCAGAGCAAGCUAUUUAACAAGAUCCUCAAAGCCCUGCAGUCUGACCGGCUCGCCCGAUUGGCCAAUGAAGGGGCCUGCAACGAGCCUGUGCUUCGUCGUGUCGCUGUGGAUAAGUGUGCAAGGAGGGUACGGCAGGCUCUGGCAAGUGUAAGCUGGGACACCAAGCUGAUCCAGUGGCUGCAUACCACCCUUGUGGAGACCUUGAGUCUGCCCAUGCUGGCUGCGUACUUGGAUGCUUUGCAAACCCUGAAAGGGAAGAUCCCAACUUUGAUCGACCGAAUGCUUGUGUCGUCCAACACAAAGACUGGGGCUGCAGGAGCAGAGGCUUUGUCUCUCCUCCUCAAGAGGCCCUGGGACCCUGCUGUUGGUGUGCUUUCUCAUAACAAACCAAGCAAACUCCCUGGUUCUCCUUUGAUUCUCAUCGCCUCCUCUGGUCCCUCCAGCUCUGUGUUCCCUGCCUCACGCCGCCACCGCUUCUGGCAGUCGCAGCUUUCCUGCUUAGGCAAGGUCAUUCCUGUAGCCACCCAUCUGCUGAACAAUGGUAGUGGGGUAGGAGUCCUGCAGUGCCUUGAACACAUGAUUGGGGCAGUAAGAAGUAAAGUGCUGGAGAUUCACAGCCAUUUCCCACACAAACCCAUCAUCUUGAUUGGAUGGAAUACAGGAGCUUUGGUGGCCUGUCAUGUGUCUGUGAUGGAGUAUGUCACUGCAGUUGUUUGCCUUGGGUUUCCUCUGCUUACUGUGGAUGGCCCCCGGGGGGAUGUGGAUGAUCCCCUCUUGGACAUGAAGACUCCAGUCCUCUUUGUCAUUGGUCAGAAUUCUCUACAGUGUCACCCUGAAGCCAUGGAGGACUUCCGGGAAAAGAUUAGAGCAGAAAAUAGCUUGGUGGUGGUUGGGGGAGCUGAUGAUAAUCUCAGAAUAAGCAAAGCAAAGAAGAAAUCAGAAGGCUUGACUCAAAGCAUGGUGGACAGAUGUAUUCAGGAUGAGAUUGUGGACUUCCUGACUGGAGUGCUCACUCGUGCCGAAGGGCAUGUGGGGUCUGAGCCUCGGGAUCAGGAUGCUGAGAAGAAAAAGAAGCCCCGGGACUUGGCCCGAAGAGAUUUGGCCUUUGAAAUUCCUGAGCGAGGCAGUCGACCUGCUUCCCCAGCUGCCAAGCUCCCCACCUCCCCCUCGGGCUCAGAGGAUCUCUCCAGUGUGUCCAGUAGCCCCACCUCUAGCCCUAAGACCAAAGUGACCACUGUGACCUCUGCCCAGAAGUCCAGUCAGAUUGGGACUUCCCAGCUGCUGAAAAGACAUGUGCAGAGGACAGAAGCCGUGCUAACCCACAAACAAGCCCAAGCACAGUUUGCUGCUUUUCUGAAACAAAACAUGCUGGUGAGGAAAGCUUUUCCUCCCGGCGCCUCCUCCUGUCUCUUUGUUCCUAUUUCAUCAGAACCCAUGGAGGAGGCAGAGAAAGAGGAGCUUAGGGUCCAGCUGAAGCGGCACCAUCCUUCCAGUCCUCUUCCCGGUGCAAAACCCUCCAAGCGACCAAAGAUCAAAGUGUCCCUGAUCUCCCAGGGGGACACAGCUGGAGGGCCUUGUGCUCUUUCUCAAGGUGGAACUCCUGAAGCUGCUGGGGCGAAACCCAUCACCAUGGCGCUGGGAGCUUCAGUGGGAGCCAAGGAACUCACUGGACUUCUCACCACAGCCAAGUCAAGUUCUUCUGAAGGUGGAGUUGUAGCCAGCGCAGCCCCAUCUGUGGCUUCCAGCAGUGCCACACCCAAUGCCAUCCACACACUGCAGAGCCGCUUGGUGGCCACUUCUCCUGGCAGCUCCCUUCCAGGGGCCACUUCAGCCAGCAGCCUCCUCCAAGGCCUCAGCUUCAGCUUACAUGACAUUAGCAGCAAGACCUCUGGCCUCCCAGGAAGUCCCUCCCCAGGGCCAGCUCCACAGGCCACCGGUGUGAAAUUGCCAACCCCCAUGCAGAGCCUGGGUGCCAUCACCACAGGCACGAGCACCAUUGUCCGUACUAUUCCUGUGGCCACCACUCUCUCCUCCUUGGGUGCCACUCCUGGUGGGAAGCCCACUGCCAUCCACCAGCUGCUGACCAAUGGGGGCCUCGCUAAGUUGGCAAGCAGCCUACCUGGCUUGGCUCAGAUUUCUAACCAAGCAUCAGGCUUAAAGGUCCCCACCACCAUUACUCUGACACUCCGUGGCCAGCCAAGCAGGAUCACCACUCUAAGCCCUAUAGGCUCAGGAGCAGCACCAUCCGAGGAUCCCACCUCCCAGAUGCUGCCCUCUAGCUCACAGCGCCUGCCUCCAGCACCCUGAAUGUGCCAGCGAUAUGUCCUCCUUACCAGGUUGGUGACAGCUGCCUCAAGGUGAACCGUGUGGUCCUGCUGAGCCGUCUGAGUGUCUGAAGACAUCCUUAAGACAGUCGUUUUCACCUCUACCAGCUGUCUUUGGGGCUGGACCUCUGGGUCUUGAGAAAGCCUUAAGGCUGGGUAAUAAUAGUGCCAGCAAAGGGGGAUGCUAUCCAGGGCCAGCAAGUUGGUUCCUAGAAUCCCCAGCAGGACUGGCCGUGUGUGGAUUGUUGGCAUUUCUAUCCUAACAGUAAUGCAGUUUGACUCCAGUGUCAGUAUAGAACUGCUCGCUGAAGUUUCAUGAUGAAGGCAGGGAGAACUGGGCUGUUAGCUUUCAGCCCUUUAGCUGCUGGGGAAGUGAGGAAUGGUUUGUGCACCAUGUUUUAUGCACUUCCUGUACCAGAGAGCCUGUAGGUGAGGGAUGGAGCAGCCAGAGGAAUGGUUGGCAAGACACACCCACAGACCUGAUGCUGCUGACACUUUGGACUAGGGACUCUGCAUGACACCUGAGGACCUAAGAUUAGCUAGAGAAGGGGGAUUAGCCAAGUCAGAGGGAAAACCUGGACCCCUGAGAGUUCUCUUUGGUGCGUGGUAAUGAAGCAGAUUGACCAGCUACCAUGCUGUCUGUUAGGAAGCGUGGGGCAGUAGGAAGGUUAUAGUGACUACUGUGUGAGCCUCUGGUGCCAGUCUGAACCAUGCAGAUCGUGGUCCCUGGUGAUGCGGACACGGAAGGUGGAGCUGAGCCUCUCAUCUUCUAUGACACUGCAGAUGUAGCCGGGAGUUUGGCUCUGAAUUUGUAUUCCAGAGCAGGCUCCUUUCCUUUUCAUAUGUAGAAAGUUUCCAUCCAGAUGAGAAAUAAAGCUGCUCAAGUGUGACUUUGUUCCUGGGGCCAUAGACAGCAAAAGGAAUAAAAAAAAAACCCAACUCUGCAUAGCCUCUCACUUGUAAUCUGAGUGGAGCAUGUAGUGUUGAGGAGCCUCGGGUGAGUCAGGUCAGAGAUGUGUGAUAGGAGUAGAGAGUGGUCUCCGACCUCCACGCCCUGACGUUGGCCGUGGAGCUGCUUGCACAGAGCUUCAGAGUGGGCUGUAUUCUGAAAUUCAGAAGGUGUUCAGUGAAGUUGAGAAGGUAUGAAGUCUGGAGGAGACCUGCAGUGCUGGGGCUUCAAUAGCUUUGUAGUUCAGAGCAUAUAACCACCAAAAGAGAGGGUAAGACUGGGCUCUGAAACUUGGAGGGAUAUUUAGGUUGGCAGAGGACCCUGAACAACCCUUUGUGACUUAGGAGAACAGCUUGAACAACACUGGAGGGGCUGCUCCUGAAGGAUGCUGCCCCUGUGUUCUGGAACCAAAGAAAACGUGUAUCCUGCUUUGGUGGUGGAUCUAUGUACAUCCCAUGGGUGACUUCUGAGGCAUGGCCUAUAUACCUUGAAGAACUGCAAAACUGAGGAAGGGGAGCUACAGCACAUUGAUCUUCACCUCGGGGGACUGACCUGACAAGGAAGUGUCUGGAGUCUGUAGAUGACAUUCCUCAGAUCCCAUCUCAAACCACAGAACUUGGAAUGUGGAAAGAUGCUUUCCCUUACCCAUCUUGUGACAGACUGGAGGGCAUAGCCUCAGAAGGUAAUACUCUUAUGGAGUAUGUAGACGGAUCAGGAAGGCUUUAAAUUCUCGGGCAACAGAUGUAUUGUAAAUGCUUCAUGGAAGAUGUCUGUGGCUUUGAGAAGAGGUCACAGGGACAGAGACUUGUCCACCUUUGGUUGUAUCACUAUAAUAAUUCGGGGGUGUAUGAAUUCAUAAAAGUGAGCCAUAGUAAUGGUUCUGAUCUUACGUUAGAAAAAAGAAUUAAACAAAAAAACCUG